UACAACAAUCUAAAAGAUGAAUAUGAGUAUGUUAUUAUAGAAAAGUAUAGCUACAAUGCAAAAUUGUACACAGUUAUCCUUACAAUAUUUGCCGCCUGUUGCGCAUCUGGUUUCAUUGUCGUUCAAUUUUGGUCAAGUAUCGUCGGUGUUAUUUUAUCGAGGAACAUAUCUCAAUCUCGUUAUUUACUUAUUACAACGGAAUAUUUUAUUGAUCAAGAAAAACAUUUUUACUUAAUCGUUUUGCACACAAUUGCGGCCUUUUGCAUAGGAUGUACCGCGAUGUUAGCUGUAGGAACGAUGCUUAUAUCAUAUCUUCAACAUACCUGCGGAAUGCUCAGCAUCUCAUGUUAUCGCAUUGAACGCGUAAUGAGAAUCAAUAUAUUACAAAAUAUUACUUUAAAGCAUGAACAUUUGAUAUUUAAAGGAAUAAUACAUGCCAUUGAUAUUCAUCGGCACGCUAUGAAAUUGUCUGAACUGUUGGUAUCGAAAUUUGAGAUAAUGCUGUUCUGCUUAAUAACAGUUGGAGUUAUAUCUUUGAGUUUCAAUCUCUUCCGAAUUUUUCAGAUUAGUACAUCUUAUGAUAACAUCAAUGAAUUUAUGUUUCCUAUUGUAUUCAUAAUAGGAAGUAUUUUAUACAUGUUUAUUUCCAAUUAUAUCGGGCAAAAUGUUAUGGAUCACAAUAAUCACAUAUUCGUUACUAU